AUGGAUCAAGAUGGCUUGGGAAACAAAAUAGCCAAGACAGUGAUUGAAACAUUCGCCAGCCUCAACUUGAAAUCAGGCAAGCCCACCACUCGCUCAAACGGGGUGGAAGAAUGGACAGUUUUGGCCAGUAUAGUAGCGAUCCAUCCAGAUCGGAUCCAACCGCUAACAAUCGCCACGGGGGUCAAGACGCUCCCUGAGUCCGUCCGUUCCUAUUCCAAUGGCUUGGUUGUCCAUGACAUGCACGCGGAAACGUUGGCGGUGCGCUUGUUCAACUUGUUCUUGCUUGGUGAGUGCCGCGAUCCAGCGUCAGUUUGGGUGGAGAAGAGUGAUGAUGAGGAGGGGACAAAGUGGCGGUGGAAGGAUGGUGGUGGGGCGUUGGCUUUGUUUGUAACUGAGCCUCCUUGUGGAGAUUUGAGUAUGGGGUAUUUGACGUCCCGUGUGGAUUCAAAUGAACCUUGGCCCCUAACCGAGGCAGCCACUGGCGAGAACACCGACGACAGUCUAAUUAAUGGAGUUGUUAGGGGUAGGCGUGGGUUUGGACAGUUGGGUGUCGUACGUACCAAACCUGGGAGAGCCGAUUCGUUGAUCAGUUACUCCAAGUCUUGUUCCGACAAAUUGUGCCUUAAGCAAUUGACUGGCAUUGGCAAUGGGGCAGUUGCCAGUGUGAUGGAGCCGGUUUUUCUUGAACAUUUGGUUGUGCGUGGAGUCAAACAGGAGGAUUUCCAGCGAUGUUUCGUUGACAGGUUCCAAGUGCCGGGGGCUAGACACUGGACGAUGAUCAGCUAUGACAUCAACGACUAUGAAUUCCACAAGAGUGAUACUAAGGAAGUGAGUCUUGUUUCACUCUUGUAUAUUGUGCCGCAGCUGCGGGUGCAGGUUCUCAAUAACGGAAUCAAGCAGGGUGCUGCGUUGAAGAAACAGACGCCCAAGGCUGGUUCCGGGAGCAUGGUGUGUAAUCGAAAUUUCAUGAAGGAAUUGGCAAAGUUGCAAAAGACCCAGGCAAACACCUAUCUCGAGUUCAAGACGGGCCAAUUGCAGCGACAGCAGUUGAAACAGCAAGGCAGAGCUCAUUUACGCAACUGGGUGCCUACGGGAGCAGACGACUUUAGUCUCUAG